AUGGAUCUCCAAGGCACUCCCCUUCCCCAUGGCGCUCGCAGCACCAAGGUUACCACCGACCCUCGCUCCCAGCAGCCCAUCGAAGAGCCUUCUGGUCCCAUCACCAAUGACUCUCUUGCUGCAGAGUCCGUCCGCCACGGCGGUGCCUUCUCUGGCAACCGUGGCGCCGAGCCCAUAGGUGUGUCUGGCAACCAGUCUACUGUAAACAACACCGACACUUCCUCCGCCACUACCCUUCCUUCGGUCCCCGUUGGAGGCCUCCGCGAGGACCGCGAGAGCCAGCAGAAGUACCCCGAGGCCCUCGGCGGUCAGGGUAACUUCCCUGGCGCCCACCUGUCCCAGUCUGGCUACACUGGUGGUCCAACUGCCGCCAAGAAAGAAAUGGGCAUCAACGCUGGCGAGUACUCUACCGCCAGCGGCAGUGGCAACAGCCAGUACAACGCUGGCCAAGCUCCUUCCUAUGUGAGCGACGUGACUGGUGACAUUCAGCACCCCAAGCCUGAUGGCCGCAACAUCCACGAGGGUGGCUUCCACUCCAAUGACGCAAAGAACGCCAGCUUCAACGCCGAGAUUGGCUCUGAUCAGGACCCUGGUCGUGAGGCUAUCAACCAGUUCCAGCGCAGCAAUGCCCACACUGCCAACGACUCCGGCCGUGCUGACGAGCAGAAGCCCAAUGCCCGGACCCCCUACGAGCACUUGGAGCAGGACCAGCGUGCCUAA